AUGCUUACUUACAAUGAAAUUCUUGGCAUAAUAUACCUGUAUAUGAUUGGAUUUGGAUUCCUAGGCAAUUGUAUUCUCCUAUUCCUAAAUAUCUUUAAUUUCCUCAUUGCUCAUAGAACAAAAUCUAAAAGCCUAAUUAUCAUUCAUUUGGCUUUUUCCAAUAUUAUGUCACUACUCUUCAGGGGACUGCCCGCUACCACAAGACUUUGGAGGGUGAAAUGUUUACUGGAUAACUUUGGGAUUACAAUAAUAACACAUAUUCAGAUAAUAACUUGGAGUCUAUCUAUGGGUAGCACCUGCCUUUUGAGUACUUUCCAGGCCAUUUCUCUUAUUCCUAACAAUUCCAAAUGUUCACAGCUCAAGACAAGAACACCAAAAUUCAUUAUUUUGUACCUUCUUCUUUUCUGGGUCUUCAAUUUGCUUUUAAAUGAGGUAGGAUUUCUUCAAAACAUUGUUCCAAAGAAUAUCACAGAUAUUAAUGAGGGAUGCAACACUGGGUAUAGGAGAAUGGAUGUACAUAAUAAGAAUCAUAUGAAAAUUAUAAUCAUUUUAUGUGUCUAUGAUGCAUUAUUUAUAUGUCUAAUGAUCUGUUCUAGUGGCUAUAUGGUCUUAAUAUUAUACAGACACAAGAAGCAUGUUAGGCAUAUUCAUAGUAAUAGUGUCUCCAUAAAACUAUCCCCUGAAACCAGAGCAACCCUAGCUAUCCUGUUUUUGGUGUGUACCUUUGUUUUGUUUAAUACACUCAGUCCUAUUUUUAUUCUGUAUAUGUUCCAUUUUAAGUACACAAAUAAUUGGAUGAUACAUAGCUCAGUCAUUCUCUCUGUGUGGUAUCCAGCAGUUAGUCCUUUUAUUCUGAUAAUCAUUGAUAAUCAGAUCCCCAAAACCUGUACUCAUUGA